AUGUAUGAGAGUGGUGAGAAGAUUUCUGAUGAACGAGAAGAAAGUCAUGCAGAUCUAUGGCGAAAUUAUAUGCAGUCCAAAAAAGCGAAACUUGAACAUCAAGUGAAUGUGCUUGAUAAGUGCAAUACUGUUUCCGAUAUUUUUAAAGGCAUCUCAAUUUUCGUGAAUGGUUACACUGAUCCAUCAGCAGCUGAACUACGCAGGUUAAUACAUUUGCAUGGUGGCCAAUAUCAUAUAUAUUAUUUGCAUGGCCGCACAACUUAUACAGUUGCUACUCAUUUAGCUGCGGGUAAAAUAAACAAACUUCGUAAAGAUGAGAAAGUUAUCCAUCCGAAGUGGAUCACUGAUAGUAUAGAUGCAGGAAUUCGAUUGCAUGAAAGUAAAUAUUUGUUGUACGAGAGUGGUACAAAAAAAUUAGCCGUGAACUAUGGUGCCAGCACUUCAAAAGCUGCUCAAAGUGCAGCUAAUGACCCGAAUUUCGUAAACCACUUCUACGAAAGAUCUCGUUUACACCUGAUAUCAACCCUGGCUCAGGAAAUGAAACUUUACAUAAAUGAAUUGAGAGAAAAUGGAAUUAGUGACUUUUCAUCUCGAGGAAAUUUACUUCAUUUGGUUGACGAAAAUUUUGUCGAGCCUCCAAAAGAAACAAUUUGCCAUAUUGAUUUGGAUUGUUUUUUCGUGUCAGUAGCAUUAAGAAAUCGGAUGGAUUUGAUUGGAAAACCAGUAGCUAUAACUCAUUCAAAAGAUACGGAAGGCCCAGGCAUGUCAGAGAUUGCAUCUUGUAGUUAUGAAGCAAGAGCGCGAGGUGUUCGUAAUGGUUCUUUUAUUAAGGAUGCCCGAAAAGUGUGUCCAGAUCUCAUUUGUCUUCCUUAUCAGUUCGAGGAAUAUCGACGAAUUUCGAAAGAAAUAUAUACAAUUAUUUCCAGGUACACGCUUCAUAUCCAUGCAGUUAGUUGUGACGAAAUGUAUGUCGAUUUGAAAAAUUUAUGUGCUGAUAUGCAUAUAUCCAAUAUAAUGCAAAUUGUGUCCUUAAUACGGAGAGACAUUCUGACUACAACUCAAUGUAAUGCAUCAGUUGGUGUGGGAAAUACAAUGUUAAUGGCUCGCAUAGCAACACGUCAUGCUAAGCCAAAUAAUCAGUUUGUAAUCAGAUGUAGCGAUGUCAAUGAAUUCAUUAGAAGAGAGGAGAUUCUGUCCCUACCAGGAAUUGGAUAUAAUGUUGCUUUUGGAAGAAUUAAAACGUGUGGAGAUCUUCAAAAAUUAUCGAUCGAUCAACUGCAAAAUCUUCUCGGGGAUAAAACUGGUACUCAGAUUUACAAUAUGUGCAGGGGAAUAGACAAGCAGAGGGAUUUCUUAGAGAAAGUUGUUCGUAAAUCUGUUUCUUGCGACAUAAAUUAUGGGAUCCGGUUUACGCAGGAAAUAGAAUUGGAGGAAUUUCUUGGAAAAAUGUGUUCAGAGUUGGAACGGAAACUCGAUUUAGCCCGUUUAACUGCGUCUACUAUAUCGUUAAAAUUUUUGAUUCGUUCGCCAGAUGCCCCGAUAAAAACAGAAAAGUAUUUGGGCUGCGGGAAGUGUGACGCAGUGACGAAAUCAAUUCAUUUAUCUGAUGCAACUGCGAAUAGAGCUGUCUUGUUUGCAGAAGUAAAAAAGUUGAUGAAAACAAUAAAGCUAGUAAUAUCUGAUUUAAGAGGAGUAAUUUUUUCUUCAUAUUUUAUAAAUAAAUUACGAAUUGAGAUUUGGAUACUAAAUAGGAUGAUAAAAACAGAGAAGGAUAACUCUAAAAUUGAACUUUAUAUUUUGCAGAUUGGUAUUCAGUUGACUCAUUUGAAGGAGAUGCCAAAAGAAUCAGUUAAGAAACAACAUACCUUCACAAACACAUUGACUCAGUUUUUUGCAGUGAAAAGUAAGGGAGAACAUUGUGCUGGUUUAAAAAGAAAAUCUAUGGAUGAAGAAGAAGCGGCUUUGAAAGAAGCGGUGAAGAAGUCUCUGAAAGAAUUCAAAUAUGCUAGUCGAUAUAAGAAAGAAACUAUUCAUCCAGACUAUCGAAAUUAUUUCGAAGAUGCCGAUGUGAAAGCCGAGUUUUUACAAGUAAUGAACAAAUCCUUGUAUCCAAACAGGGAGCAGGUAUCAGAGAUAGCAGCGUAUUUCAGCUUGCUAGUUAGAAAUGGUGAUUUAAGUGAUAUGUUAUCUCAGAUAAGAUUUUUGGAGCGUGAAACAGCUAAGCUUUCUUUAGAAUGGAUUGUUGUAGUCUCUGCCUUAAAAAUUGCGAUCAAUCAUAUUUGUAGAGACAAAUAUGGUUCUGUUAUGUUCUUUUAG